CUCCAACAAAGAAAACUAUUUUUGCUUAUCAAAAUUUAAAAAACCCCUUAAUUUUGGACCAUAAUCUUUGAACUGGGAGUGUCCACUUAAUAAGAUCUCACCCUUUUUUGUUAAAUUUAAUCAAAAGAUACAACUUGGGGGAUGAUGGGUUUGCUCACCAUGAAUUGUUCAUGGGUUUCUAAAGCUGGAGGAACUCUAUCUACAUUCAACCUCAGCUAUGGUAGGAAAUUACGCGUUCACUACAGUUCCCCGAUUUUGUUACCUGCAGAGUCAUGCAAUAAACUUAGAGCCAGGACUCGAGUAUUUGCAAGCAAGAAAUCCACUAAGAAGUUCCGAAGAAAAGGGGACGCCCAAAAGAAUGCAACUGCACUCCCUGAUAAUGCUAAUGCAUCUGAUAGAGCUGGAUCUGAAGAUGAGUCGAUGUCAAAAGAUGCUUCUGUUCAAGACAAUAGUAUGAUGUCUACUGAUAAUCUGGACUCGACAAUGUCAACUUCCUUACCUUCCAGGACUUCUGUUCUUCAGGCUUGCACUUCAACUUCUAUUUUGAUAGCUGCUCUAGGAGUGACCAUACGACAGCUUUCUCAUGUUGCAUCAAUGGAAGGAUGGCCUAUUGCCGACUGCUCUACGGACAUAUCAUUUGGUUUCCAGAUGUGGCAUAUUGAGUUAAUUACAGGGCUGGUUGUAUUGGUAUCAUCAUGCCGGUAUUUGCUAUUGCAGACAUGGCCUGAUUUUGCUGAGUCAAGUGAAGCAGCCAAUCAACAGGUUCUUUCUUCACUGCAGCCUUUAGAUUACUUGGCUGUAGCUUCACUGUCAGGAUUUAGUGAGGAACUUCUUUUCCGCGGUACAAUGCUUCCACUUAUAGGAGUCAACUGGAAGAGUGCGUUAAUAGUUGGAAUCAUUUUUGGAGUCCUGCACCUGGGCAGUGGCCGAAAAUAUUCUUUUGCAGUCUGCAUUUGUUGGAUUUGCCUAUGGUUAUGCUACAAUUUUGUCCUCCAGCAUCAUCGUUCCCAUGGCUUCACACGCAGCAAACAACUUAGUAGGAGGCAUCAUAUGGCGCUACACAUCAAAGUCACCAAAAUAAACGAGGGAUAUCCUAAUACUGACACCUUCGGUUACAACCAAACCAAAUAUACUCGAUAUGUCUCACUGGUCAUCAAUAAAGUCCAGUAUAUGUGAAGUUCAUAAUUUUGGGCAUCUGGGUCAUAUAUGUUGCACAUCAGAAUCCUCUAUUUCAAAAAUUAAAUUUUCAGCCACAGAGGUGAUUUUAAUUAACACCUAUGCUCUAGAUUUUCUGUUUAUGCACAAAAUGUGGGUAAUGUGAAGCAAAGACAACUGCAUUAUAUACUACAACGGUUAAGUUAUGAUAUGGCCAUGGGUCAUGUGAAUUCUUGGUCUUUAAUUAAUUGUAAACACUCUGCAAACAAUUCUAUAUUUCAA